AUGACCAAGAUGAACUGCAUCCUGCUAACUGCCUGCAUUGUUCUGGUUGCUUUUUGUAGUUCUGGUUAUGCCUUGAGAUGUUACCACUGCGAUCACAGCCCUACCCCGUGCAGGACCAACAUGACUUGCUCCAUGUCUGAAGAUGCAUGCUUGCUGUUGAAAUCCGGUACAUUGAUAACUUCAUCCUGCUGGAAGCUGUCCCAGUGCAAGGUGAAUGACAUUGCUGAGUCCUUCCAUUUGGAUAAUUUUGAUUUCUUUUGCUGCCAGUAUGAGCUGUGCAAUGAGGGCACAAUUACUGGGGUUAACAAAGCAGCCCUUGGCAUUGCCUCUGUAGUGACCAUGUUGUGGAUGCUCCUGUAA